CGUAACUGCAUCGACCGCGCAUUGCGAGAGCUGGGCGCCGGGCAUUGAGAGCGAAUGCUGUUUCUUCCUUCUGCUGCACACCUCCACCCCCUCUCUACUUUCUCCUCCAGCCAGCAUGUGGACACCCGGCAUAACGCUGCGUGCAGGAGGCUGCAGCACGCGUUUGCGCCUGCAGAGCCUAUCGCCAGCCGUGCGCCUGUACGCCUCAACCCGACAGUCACACCCACGUCCGACGUCUCAGCAUGCACUGCACCGAAAGGAAAAGCUCCAGCAGCGUCUCUACCUGCAGCCGCCUGCAGCAAGCCUCGGCGGCCGCCAAUCCUCGCCGCGAUGGGCACCGCUGCAGACGCAGGUUCCGGCGACUCCUGCAGUAGCCACGCUCAUCAGACCAGCAUCCCAUGCUCCCGACAUCGACCCACACGCCGAGGAGAUCCCCUCCACGCCCCCCUUCACUGCAGGCCCCUACAGCACCCUUACCGUCGGAGUGCCGCGCGAGACCUACCCCUCCGAGCGCCGCGUCGCCAUCACGCCUCAAAAUGUUGCCCUCCUCUUGAAGAAGGGCUUUUCGCGGGUCCUCAUCGAAAGAGGGGCUGGCGUGGAAGCGCAAUUCACGGAUGAAACCUACGAGCAAGCUGGCGCUCAGACCGUUGACCGCAGAACUGUCUUCUCGUCCGCAGAUAUUCUGCUGAAGGUCAGGGCGCCGAGCAUUGAGGGCCCGGAUGCGGAGGUCGAUGCGUUGAGGGAGGGGGCGACGGUGGUGAGCUUCUUGUAUCCGGGACAGAAUGGGGAGGUAGUAAAGAAGCUGGGGGAGAGGGGAGUGACGAGCUUUGCGAUGGAUAUGAUACCGCGGAUAUCGAGGGCACAGGUGUUCGACGCGUUGAGUUCGAUGGCGAACAUUGCGGGAUACAAGGCAGUGCUGGAAGCAUCCAACCAUUUCGGUCGUUUCCUUACCGGUCAGGUCACGGCAGCUGGAAAGAUCCCCCCGUGCAAGGUUCUUGUCAUCGGAGCUGGCGUUGCUGGCCUCAGUGCUAUAGCCACGGCACGCCGCAUGGGCGCCAUAGUCCGCGGCUUUGACACCCGCUCCGCCGCCCGAGAACAAGUCGAAUCCUUGGGUGCCGAAUUUAUCGAGGUCGCAGUAAAAGAAGACGGCUCCGGAGCUGGUGGAUACGGAAAGGUUAUGUCCAAGGAAUUCAUCGAAGCCGAAAUGAAGCUUUUCACGGAGCAGUGUCGCGACGUGGAUAUUGUGAUUACUACGGCCCUCAUUCCUGGAGAGCCGGCUCCGAAGCUUAUUACCAAGGCGAUGAUCGAGGCGAUGAAGCCUGGAUCCGUGAUUGUGGAUCUUGCGGCUGAGGCUGGAGGGAAUUGUGAGGCUACGGUGCCUGGACAGCUUGUCAAGAAGAAGGGGGUUACGAUUAUUGGAUACACCGAUCUACCUUCAAGACUUCCUACCCAGUCAUCCACACUAUACUCAAACAACAUCACCAAAUUCCUCCUCUCAUUAUCAACAAAAGACAAAUACUUUGACGUCGAUCUCAAAGACGAGGUAGCACGUGGCUCAAUUGUGACCUACAACGGCAAGAUUCUCCCCGUCGCACCUCGUCCGGCGCCUCCACCACCAGCAGCUCCAAAACAAACAUUCGUCGAAGCGGAAGCGGAAAAAGCAGCAAAUGUAGUGGCUUUGACACCAUGGCAGAAAGCGUCUAGAGAAGUUGCCACAGUGACAGGUGGGAUGACAGCGGCAGUAGUUCUCGGAAAGCUGACGGGUCCGAUUUUCAUGUCGAAUGCAUUUACAUUUGCGCUUGCGAGUUUGAUUGGGUAUCGAGUUGUGUGGGGUGUCUCUCCGGCAUUACACUCGCCUCUUAUGAGCGUGACGAAUGCGAUUUCAGGCAUGGUCGGCAUUGGAGGUCUUUUCAUUAUGGGUGGUGGUAUAUUACCUCAAACAUUUCCUCAGGCUCUAGGCGCUCUCUCAGUGCUCAUUGCAUCUGUGAAUGUUUCUGGCGGCUUCGUCAUUACGAAACGCAUGCUAGACAUGUUCAAACGUCCCACUGAUCCACCAGAAUACCCGUGGCUAUAUGCCAUUCCAGCCGUGGUAUUCGGUGGUGGAUAUAUUGCAGCUGCGAGUACGGGUAUGGCUGGUCUAGUUCAGGCCGGCUAUCUAGUCAGCAGUGUCCUCUGCAUGGGUUCUCUUUCUGGUCUUGGCUCUCAGUUGACAGCACGCCGGGGCAAUAUGCUCGGUAUACUAGGCGUUUCAUCCGGAAUAAUUGCGUCUCUUGCUGCCGUUGGGUUUCCCGCGGAUGUACUCCUGCAAUUUGCUGGAGUUGCUGGUGUUGGUAGCAUUAUUGGCAUGGCAAUUGGUAGACGCAUCACACCAACCGGUCUCCCCCAGACCGUAGCAGCAUUGCAUUCAGUUGUCGGUUUAGCGGCUGUUCUCACCAGCAUUGGCAGCGUUAUGGCGCACAUUGGAGAUAUUUCCACGCUUCAUAUGGUCAGCGCGUACUUGGGUGUUCUCAUUGGCGGAGUUACUUUCACAGGCUCCAUAGUCGCCUUCAUGAAACUUGCAGGCCGCAUGUCCUCGAAACCCAGCAUUCUCCCCGGCCGCCACAUCAUCAACAGCUCCCUCCUCGGUGCAAACGUAGCCACCAUGGGCGCCUUUCUCGUCGCCGCCCCGGGAGCUCCUAUGAUUGGUGCCGCGUGUCUAGCAGCCAACACCGCCCUCAGCUUCGCGAAAGGCUACACCACUACAGCUGCAAUUGGAGGCGCUGACAUGCCUGUCGUCAUCACUGUCCUGAAUGCGUACUCCGGUUUCGCCCUCGUGGCUGAGGGCUUUAUGCUGGACAACCCGCUACUCACGUCUGUGGGCGCACUCAUCGGUGUCAGCGGCUCCAUCCUAUCUUACAUCAUGUGUGUAGCGAUGAAUCGGUCGCUCACGAACGUGCUCUUUGGAGGUAUCGCAGGACCAGCGGAAAACUCAGUCAAGAUCGAAGGCGAAGUGACAAAGACAAACAUCGAUGAAACAGCCGACCUCCUCGUGAACGCCGAGAAAGUCAUCAUCGUGGUCGGGUAUGGCAUGGCCGUCGCGAAAGCCCAGUACGCCAUCUCGGAAAUAACGCGCAUCCUCCGCGCCAAAGGCGUCAACGUCCGCUUCGCCAUCCACCCCGUCGCUGGGCGCAUGCCAGGCCAGUGCAACGUGCUGCUCGCCGAAGCCUCGGUGCCGUACGACAUCGUGCUCGAGAUGGACGAGAUCAACGACGAUUUCGCGGACACUGAUGUUACGUUGGUGAUUGGUGCGAAUGAUACGGUCAACCCGAUUGCGCUGGAGCCGGGCUCAGCGAUUGCGGGGAUGCCGGUGCUGCAGGCGUGGAAGAGCGGGAAGGUGGUUAUCAUGAAGCGGGGGAUGGCAAGUGGGUAUGCGGAUGUGCAGAAUCCGAUGUUUUACAUGGAGAAUGCGAGGAUGUUGUUUGGGGAUGCGAAGGAGAGUUGCGAUGCGAUUCUGAGGCAGCUGGAAGGGAAAUGAGUAGAUGGGAGGGAAGGGUAGUUGAGAUCGUGAAUUGGGGGUUGGGAUAGUGAGAGAAGCGAUUGAUAACACUGAAUUGUCUCUCUUUAUACAUUCACCUCGUCUGAAGGCAUGCCUUGAUUGAAGUGGUGCCUCGGUGGCGUAGGCACGUGAUUUUCACGUGACUGGCGAAUCUGAUGAGUAAGCUGUGCUUGGCAGCAAUAAACGGAGCAAGAGCCAACGCUAUAGAGAGGAACAUUAGAAUUUUCGUUCUUAGAAGAUCAUCUGCC